CAUUCUUGAGAACUACCCUGCCGUCGUCGCGCGUGCUAGGAGUAUAUUUGAAGAGAGGAUGGCAGACGCUGAAGCGUCACGAUCUUCGGUGCGCUCGUUUCGAGACAUGUUUGGCGACCCGAAACCGCCUGAAAUUAGCCGCAAGAUCACGGCCUGCGUGGCCUGUCGUAAGCAGAAGAUCAAAUGCCAUAUGCCGGAUUCCCAACCACCAUGUGCUCGGUGCAAGAAGAAGGGCCUAUCUUGUACUGUGAAUCGCAGUCUGCAGAUGCUGCUUGAGAAUGAUGUAUCAUGGAAGCAAGCAAUAGAACAGAAAAUCCAAAAGCUAGAGGAGACUAUGUCGACAAUGGUCAAUGAUGGCUCCAGCUCAAACGAUUAUUGGCGACGCGAGGAAAUAUCAGAGGAUCCGUCAUCCGUCAAUGAACCCGCACCUGAAGACUAUCAGCAGGGAAAUUUAGGUGCUGCGAGCGAAGACACUGGUCGCUGGAAAAUCGUCAUAGAUCUUGAGUCCAGUCCAAGUGCUCUUCCUGGUCAUUACCUGCAGUCAACUGCCUCUACUCAACCGAAAUCACGUCAGGACAUUGUUUCCCGUGGUGGGAUAACUGUUGAGAAUGCUCGGAAGUAUCUCAGUGAAUACCAAAACAGACUCGAUCACUUUGUGUAUGGGAUUCUGGGAGAAUAUAGUUCCGCAACACUAGAAAGCAUUCGAGAGGCUUCACCUUUCUUAGCGACCGCUAUAUGUGCAGUGGGCUCACUUCAUCUAGCCUCCCCUGAUUAUGACCUACUCUACAAAGAAUUCAUCGCCAUGAGCGCCGCUUUGAGUUUCUCCAAAAGGAACACAGUUGAUGACGUCAGGGCACUCUGCAUUGGUGCUUUCUGGCUCGGUGAUAUGUCUUGGUCAUUGGUGGGAAUUGCCGUUCGAAUAGCCACAGACUUGCAGCUUCACAGAAGCUUCUUCAGAGCUCUCCAAGGCGAUCGAGAACAACAUUUACGUACCCGUUUAUAUCUCCUAGUCUAUGCGUGCGAUCAUCAUUUUUCUGUACCGUAUGGUAGACCGCCGAUUACUCGAGAAUGUGAAGCUGUGCGGGAUGCGCGAAAGUUUCUGGAGUGUGAGCAUGCCACGGAGGAUGAUGCGCGGUUGGUGAGCCAGGUUCUCCGCUGGAGUAUCUGCUCCAAUGUUUAUGAUACCUUUGGUGCAAAUGUCGACCGACCGCUUUCUGAUGCAGAUGUCCCGCUAGUACGACGGUUCAGUAUCGCCCUGGAUAGUCUUCGUGCUGAGUGGACGGACCGAUUUAAGGUUAAUGCUCAUGUGGGCAAUUACCCCCGCAAAGGGGUCGGGAUACAAUAUCACUUUGCCAAGCUCUACCUUUGCUCGCAUGCACUUCGAGGGUCCGGUUCAAACCAGCCUAAAAAUAGAGCGUUCGAUGUGGCUCUCGAGGUAGACGAAAUCGCUAACUCCGCCGUUCUUUCUGCCGUAUCUAUACUGCGGGCUGUAGUCUCGGACACUGAGAUCCAAUCCUACCUUAAUGGCCUGCCAACUUAUUUUCAUAUUAUGAUUGCAUUCGCCAUAGUCUUCCUGCUCAAGGUAUCCACUCGACUCUCCGCAUCCGUUCGACUUGAUAUUCAAGAAGUUCAGCGUCUCAUGAUCACGCUGGUCUCGGUUCUGAAGGAAGUGGCGGCUUCGAUGCAUCCACAUCAUCUGCUAGUUGGAAUUACGAAAGGCAUCGAUGAUCUCCUACAAAGAAGUGGACUAAUACCUGGCCCAGUUGCUAGUGUAUCCACUAGUAUGCCGCAACAAGUUGCCCAGCAGGUCUUUCCCGAUGCUGAUGUGCUGUACGGAGACAUGAACUUGGCAGCCGAUGGGAUAUUUGACCCGAAUUUUAUGAAUGAAUACGAUUUGCUCCUCGGUCAGACCGAAGCACAAAUGCCCUAAUCACGCUAAUGUAGAUAAUUUGCUGCUAUGCUUUCUAAAUACAGCUUAGAUAGAAUACACCAACUAUCUUUUUAACCAGACGGUUAACGAGGUUAUUGGAUGUCUUCUGGCCGCUUGAGGAUACUAAGGAAACUGUUUCAACCUUUCCAAUCCACGAAAGGAGCAUCGGCCUGCAUUCAGCAUUCAAUUAUACUCUAUGUUUAUUGAGUUUCCUGGUUCGUAUGAAAUACCAAAUAAGCACUUUUGCCUUAAUUUACA